UAUUGAACAGCUCAGGCACCACGGAUGUCAAUUUCCUCGUCCUCCCCUUUUUGCCACCUUUUUUUCACAAACCUCAGCCAUUCUCCUUUUGCCUCGCUGCCGCGCACUGCCGUUCUACCUCGCCGUUCUACCUCGCAACUCGACGCCUUCAGCCAUGCAGCCGACAAACACUCCGCUCGUCAACAUGCAGAUGAAGGCCACCAAGGAUCAGGUCCUGGCCACCAGCGCGCUCAAGGACGCCAUGGGAGCCGAGAUGAAGAACCGCACCGUGCCCGUGCACGUCAAGAUGAUGGCUGGCAUGGCCGGCGGCGUCGCCGAAGCCUGCAUCUUGCAGCCGCUAGACGUGACCAAGACGCGAUUGCAACUGGACCGAACGGGUCAAUACAAGGGCAUGAUCAACUGCGGCUCGACCAUCUACAAGACCGAAGGCGGCCUGGCGCUCUACAAGGGUCUCACGCCUUUUGUGACCAACAUGGUGCUUAAGUACGCGCUGCGGUUCGGCUCGUUCGCCUGGUUUAAGGAGCAAAUUGCCGGCGGCAAGGACAAGCCUAUCACCCCCACCAUCAACUUCACGGCCGGUUUACUUGCCGGUUGCAUCGAGUCGGUCAUCAUUGUCACGCCAUUUGAAGUGAUCAAAACGCGCAUGCAAAAGGAGGUCGGUGUCGGUCGCUUCAGCGGCCCCGUCGACUGCACGCGGCACAUUGUGCGCAACGAGGGCGUCCGAGCGCUCUGGAAGGGCAACAUCCCCACGAUGGCGCGUCAGGGCAGCAACCAGGCCUUCAACUUCAUGGCCUUCGCGUGGCUCAACCACCACGUGUGGGACAAGCAGGACGGCGACGGCAAGACGCUGCCCACGUACGCCACGUUCAUUAACGGUCUCAUUGCUGGCUCGCUCGGCCCCAUGUUCAACACGCCCAUGGACGUGUUGAAGACGCGGUUGAUGGCCCAGGAGACGGUGGCGGGCCAGGAGCUCAAGUACAAGGGCUUCUUCGACGCCAUGAAGGUCAUUUCUCGGGAAGAAGGCGUCGGUGCUCUGUGGAAGGGUCUGCUCCCGCGUCUCACGAGGAUGGCACCCGGCCAGGCCAUCACCUGGUCUGUGGUCAUGCGCGUGACCUCCAUCUUCGAGAACCAGGAGCUGGAGCUCGCGGAGAACAAGAUCAAAAUGUAGACAAGACACAGCAGAGGCUCUCGCAGCGUGCUCGAAGGCGAGCGAACACGCGCAGCAGAGAGGAGAGACUGAAUUUAUUGAGAUUCAUUUACAGUAAUAGUACUUCAUGUGGUUACCCUACCAGUGGAUUUUUGUGGCCGCAACUUUCCAGUGUAUUUGCCGGCGUUGAGUCAUCUCGUUUUUGCCAGCUGAAAUCUACGGAAAUCUACCAUGACAGGUCGGAAGAUAAGAAAAUUCUCCAAAACUGCGGGCUUCUAUUGCUAUCUACAGUCAUUUACAAUGUUACACUCUCCUUGCUCACCG